GAAGGGGAAAUGGUUUAAACGAUAAUAUUAAAGUGAUUAUUCAGUAAUAAAGUUUCUAAAAAUCGGUUAAUCUGAAUUCAAAACUAACAGAAACUCAAAUUAUAAAUGAAAAUAAUGAAAUUUUCAACUUUUUGUUUAUUAUUUAUCGCUUUAACUUCGGCUGACGAAAAAACCAAGGAUCUAAUAGAAGGAUCAUUGAAAUCCUGCGGAGCCGAAAUCGAAGGUCCGAACGCAAUACGAAAAUUGGUCGUCGAAGAAAAUGCCGACGAAAAAAAAUUGGGGGCCGUCCUAUUUUGCGCCAAUAAAAAAAUCGGUCUGCAAUACGAAAACGGCGACAUAAAUCUCGAUGUCUUGGAAAAUCUAAUACAAGCCGGCAACAACGACCAAGAAACCGCCAAAAAAUAUUUGGAAUGCGGCAAAUCCGAAAGAACCACCGGCGAAGAAAAAGCCUUCGACUUUUUAAAAUGCCAUGAAACUAUUUGAUAAUAAAUUUCGUAUCCGACUAAA